ACCCCCAAAAAACAUGUCCACGGAUUUUCAAUUUUGAAGGAGCGGCAUUUUCCAAAAAUGCCAUCAUAGCUAGUCCCCCUGGGGUGUUGGGGGAUAAAGUGAACUCAACUUUCUCUUCUUGGCAGCGUGGACCACGGUUGAAGGCAGAACGCAGCAGCCACAGCAGUCCUGCCGAGCUCAAGUUGAUACUGUGGUUAUAUUUUCAAUUAAGGAGUUUGCCGAGCAGUGAUUGGAUUUAGGCAGGUUUUUUUUUCUUCUUACUCUGUACCCCGUCCUCCACUCGGUCUUUUCUUGCGGUAGUGGCACUCGGAGGUGAGUCAACGCUGACUGUCUGCUGGUUGUGAUCACCGAGACCAAACUCUCUGUUGACAGCCCGAUGAUUUAGAGCUGCAAGGCAUAGCUGUUUUAAACCAACAUAACCAGUUUUCUGAGAGUUGUCUCAUAGAAUUAAUUCAGCGGCCAUUUGGGGUCUGUAUAGCUUACGGGGGAUAUGAUGAAAAUAAAUUACAAGUUAAGUUCUAAGUUUUUAUUCGAGGAAGAUCAGUUUCUGUUUGAGGUGCUUUAAGGAAAGCAGGGAGUUUAAGCUGCUUGAACAGGCGAUUUGAUUGUUUCGACCAGUCAGAAGUUUGAACUUCCUUAUCAAAGUUGUCGUCAAGUUUUCAAAAUAUGUGUAAUACCACUAACAAUGUUAAAAACAUGUUUUAGUAAGAAACCAUCACCUUGCCUGUGAUUUGCGAGUGAGAUCUUGCAUUGUUUCCUUCAAUCUGUCUCCACCUUGAGGAAAGACUAUACAUAUGUCUGGAGUCUGGACUUCUCGAAUACAAACUUCUUGGAGAGGAACCCAAAUCACCUGGAGAUUCUGUAGUCUUUUUUGGCAUCAGGACAGCUUCAUUUUGUGAUGUGAACAUUUGGAUUCCUUUUUGUUCUGACAGCUAAGUGGACUUUUCUACAUCAAACUUCCAGGAGAAUUUAGUCUGAUUAUAAAUUUUGUAACAGAUUUGAAGGAAAUCUUUUUUUUUGCAACUGGAGUAUUCCUCGCUGAACAUUGUUCUUCAUCGUAAACAGCUCUGAACAAUAAUCUCCACCUUUUGAAUGAUUGCACAACCCUAACUCUUCUGCUGACUCUAUUCAGUGUAAACAAGAACCGAAAAUCCAACUAGACGUUGAUUAAACUUUCAUAGAUGAGUUGAUGCAGCGAAAGACGGAGCAACUGAAGAUUCUUGGGUCAUUUCAAGAUGGAGGUCUUUGGCCAUCUUGCUGUAUAUUUGUUAUUCUGUAGUGUUCUCGCCUAUGUCGGGCUAACCAAAGCAGAUUCCCCACCGUCGUUUCUCAGGGAACCGCGAUCGAGGAUCGUCAAGCACAACAUCCGCGUCAAACUCCGUUGCAAGGUCGACCCCAAAGAUGCGCAAAUCUGGUGGUUACUGGACGGUGAAGUCAUCAGCGACCCCGCCAGUCGAGGCAUGGAGGUCACACCAAACUACCUCAUUAUUAAUUCAUUUCAGGGCAAAGGUCAAAGGUCACAUAAUGGUGACUACCAGUGCAGAGCGGGGAAUGCCACGGGGACUGUACUCAGUAGAGUGGCGCACGUUGAGGCUGCAUAUUUAAAACGUUUUCCAACACAUCUACCAACGACAGUUUAUGGUAAUGAAGGAGGCGUGGCUGUUAUAGCAUGUCCAAUACCGGACAGUCUUCCUCCAGCAGUCAUGGCGUAUGAGUUUAAGGGUCAACAAAUUACCGGAUCAUCAGAUCAUUAUAGGAUAAUGCCGUCUGGCCAUCUACAUAUUCUUGAUGUAUCUGAGGCGGACGAAGGCCACUUUACUUGCUCAGCGACGAACCCUUUCCUCUCGAAGACGCAUAGUCUAGCAAAUGGAACAUCGUUAAUCGUCAUCGAUGCCUCUGAUGUUCAGACCCCUCCUUCCAUCACAACUGCGAGAGGAGCUGUCGCCAACGUCAACGAGCGCGCCAUCUUGGAAUGUCUACCAGACGGUGUACCCUUCCCUGAGGUGAGGUGGGAGAGAGUUGACCGACAGAUGCCUACCAAUGCCAUCCAGUAUCCAUCGAGCCUUGAGAUCCACCCAGUGAGUAAAGGAGAUGCUGGUGUGUAUAGGUGUACGGCGUGGAGUGGGCAGGAACACUCGGACGUGUCAGAGGUCACGUUAGAGGUUAAAGAUGCUGUAUCUAUCUCCAAGGCACCUAAGAAUACUCACGUGGAUCUUGGAGGGACCGGACGAUUCAAGUGCAGCGUCCGGGGAGUGAGAGAGGACCAAAUAAUGUGGCUCUUCAACGGGGAGAGAAUCUCUGAGAUGAGCUUUCGGCAUCAAAUCCUUGAUGGUGAGUUGGUUAUUCACGAGGUACUGCGAUCUGAUUUAGGGCCCUACCAAUGCUUCAUCCAAGCUGGUCAUGGGAGCGCCCAGGCUACGGCCAGGCUCAUGUUAAGAGAGGGUUUUCCCGAUAUACCUGACCCACCGAUCAACACGACGGCCAUUGAAGGUGAAAAUGUUCUCCUUGCAUGUGGUACCACUGGUGACCCAAUGCCAGUUGUUAGCUGGCAUGACCCGAUGGAUUAUGUUGUACGAAACACCGCGAGUAUGUUCAUCUCAGAAGAAACAGGUGGACUGACAAUUUACAGAGUUGGACCAGAGGACGUCGGAUGGUAUCGAUGUAUUGCUUCAAACAAGCAUGGACAGGUCAUCUCAAAGGCUUAUCUAGCUGUCAUUGAAAAAAUAAGUACGACACCAGCACCUGAGAUGAGUACGAGGCACGUUCUUAAUCCUCCAGUGAAUGAUGACAUCACAAUCACGACCCAAACAACAGACGAACCUAAUAAGCCAGGCACAGUGCCUGACGCCCCCUCGAAGCCUUCCAUCACUAAAACAUCAGACACUUCCGUCGAGACGAGGUGGAAUUAUUAUGGCACAAUCGUUGUUACGAGCUUCACCGUGCAGUACAGGGAUGUAACGUCGGUGGAUGGGUGGGUGACAGCUUCUAACGUCAUACCACCGAACCGCAGAAUCUAUGAAGUGCAGGGUCUUACAAAAGGUGCGACAUACCGCUUCCUAGUCAUCGCAGCCAAUGAGCAUGGAGAGAGCCUACCCAGCGAAAUGUCAAAUCGUUUCUUGAUGCACGUUCCAGACAACCCUCCAAUCCGACCCCCAUUGGACCCUCCUAGGAUCAUUGACUGUAGGGCACUGAGCUCAACAACCAUCCUCGUUGAAUGGGAGUUUGAUCCUGAGUAUCCCGAUAUCCCUGUGACCGGUUUCUAUAUCCACACUCGCAACACGGACAGCGACGAUGACAAUGACUACAUCCGCACUCCGGUCAAGGGAAUCGACGUCCGUCGUUACUACAUCAACAACCUGGAGCCAGAGUUGACCUACGACAUCAAGAUGCAGACGUUUAACAGCGGAGGGGAAAGCCCCUUCAGUAAUGUCGUCAUCCGAGGAACUCUAGCUCAAGAAACUCCGCCGCCCCCGUUGAUCGUCCCAGAGUCUAACCCAUCCAACUCCCCCUCAGAAGGUAUCCCCAACCUACCGGACGAUGCCGAGCCCGAUGCGGCUGCUGGCCAGGGAGAAGACAUUCUCUACAUCACUCUCGGCGUUGUGCUUGGCGCUAUGCUUCUAGUCCUCAUCAUGUUUGGUGUCAUGUGUAUAUGGAGAGCCAAACAGGUCAACAAUAACAGGAUGGCACGUGACUUCCAUUAUGGGUAUUAUUGUGAUGGGGCUUAUCGCCAUGCCAACGGGAACGCCUACAAGUUUGGUGGACACUACAUGAAUGGGAACGGGCCACCUGGCCAUGGGAUUGAAAAUGUGCCGUAUGGGGAGACGACUACGUCUGCUGAUCCUCGACCUCUCUAUACCAUGCCACAGGACAACUUGGACGAAGGAAACUUCUUCCCGGGUCUUUCACCGCAAACGUCCCCCGUCCCAAACGGCCACGCCCCAGGCCACGCCCUCCAGCCACCCACUGCGCCGAACGAGAACACAAACUCCAAUCACAGCAGCGUUUCAUCAGAGCACCUCUAUGCGAACGGUAGCGUUAAGAGUCUACACAGCUCUUUGGACCGGGACGGAGGUCAGCGGGGAUUGGUCUACGGGGGUCAAGGGUCAUAUGGCACUGGGAAUCGGCCGGUUUGUCCGAGCAGACAUCACAAGGGGGAGCACGGGAGGAAGAAGAAGGCAGAGGGCAGGACAAGUCGAGAAGGCACAGACAGUGAAGUUGGUUCCGAUGUCCCUUCGUCAAGGAAUAGCUUCGCACCUGUUGCAUCAUCAACAGCGCCCUCAUCUGGUCAACAGACAUCCAGUCCAAACCCAGCCACUAAUGACGUCAAUGCAACAAAGCCUCAUAAAGGGUCACAUGACUCGCUCAGCCAAUCACAACAAAGCGAUUCAUGUCGAAAUGUCAUACAUUCUGACAUAUAGUAUUUUAUUGCACAGGGUGGUUUUAUUUAGUAUAUAAUAUUUUAAAAACCUGCCCACCCCUUGCAGACCAAAAUGGACGCUUCAUAUUACUGUCAAACAGUGGAGCUUACAUUGUUUUUAGGGGUGUUAUUUUUUAAGUUGAGUUUUUUUUUACACAAGAAAUUUCAGGGUUUUAUGUUUUGUAAAUAUAUCCUGUAUAAAUAUUAAUGUGGCUGAUUUUAGACGUUUCGAAGAACAAUACUAGAUUUUUAAUUGCAAAGUUUCAUGUUUUGAACUGGUUUACGGAUUAAUUGUUGGUGCAAAAUUGUCCAAUCAAAAGGGCUGUUUCAAAGUGAACUUCUUCCCACCAAUGAACAGUGAGCUUCCAGAUGAUUUUUGAAAAACAUGUUCAAUAAUACACUCUUGUGAGUACAUGCAGAAAACAUGAUCUAAUAAUAUGCAAAUGAGCCUCAUGGAAUUAUUCAGAUCAGCUCAUAAAUAUGCAUCACAUGAAUAUGAUUCUAAAAUCUCAUGAAUAUGUAGCAAAACCUGGUGAAUAUGCAGCAGCUGUUUUAAAUAUGUAAAUCAAUCUCUUCCCAAAGACAUCCCUCCAUUACCGAAUUGCUUGUGCCUUCGAUUUCAGUUAACUCUCUUUUGAUGAAUUUUUGUUAUUUUAUUUCUUUUUUUUUUCCUGAAAAAUUUUGGUUUUGAUUUUUGCACUCUGAUUUUCAAAGCACAAUUGUUUUUGUUUUUAUCAAAAAAAUCACGCACGACAAAUUGUUUGCUCUUUCGGGUCAUGAUUUCACUAACUAUUCCUUGUGUGAUGUUUUUGUUUAAAUAAUUUUAUUGAGUUUAUGCAUAUUUGGUUAUUCAUGUAUGCAAACUUGCUUAUGCAUAUUAAUGAUCUCCUCCAGUUAAGAUUAUCACUGCCAUUUUAAGAUAGGAAUAUUGGUGUUGAUUUUUUUUAUAUGAAUUGAUUUUAUAUUGUAGCAUUGCUAACCUAUGCAAGAGCUGUGAGUUUAAAUCCUAUAAAACCAAAACCAGAGGCUUCUAAAAUUCCAAAAUUAAUACAAAUCAAUCCUCCAUUAUUGGUCUGAAUUUGUUUAUUUUACAUUCACUGCCUCAAACAUUCAAAUGCACUUGUGACUUUUAGGGGAAAAGUAUUGUUUUUCAAAUGCAUUUAAGUAAGACUAUGACAGUUCUCUGAUUCGGAACUCCCAUCUCCUUCCAUGAAGUCUAAGAAGAAAGCCUGGUUCGUUAUAAACUUAAGCAACAAUUUAAACCAUGGUGCACUCAUUAUGCUAAUUUAUGUAUGUCAAAGGUCAACCCUUAAGUCCUAUAUAUUAUUCAUAUAUUUGUGUAUAUAAGAUAGAGGCAAUACACUGUACAUUAUUGUAAUUAUGUAAUCAUACAUAUUUUAUGUGACGGUUUCCUUGUACAGAUCUAGCCUGCCGUUGUUUUUCUACUAUUUAUUUAUCGCCACUUGUAUUGCAGUGGAUGUACAGAGGUUACUGUACAGGUCAGAGGUCACCGUAAAGGUCAUUUGAGUAAACAUUUAGUGGCAAAAUUUGUGUAGGGUCAAUUAAACAGAGAGAUACUUCAAAGAAAGUGCUCGAAGCAGAAAUGUAAAUCGCUGAGCGGGUUUGCCUGCGCCAAGGCUUGAUUUGAUGUUGGUGCUUUUGAUAAAAAAAUAAUCAACAUUUGUUGACACAUUUGUUGACCAGAAAUAUCAAAAAUGUCUCUUUGUUCCACCAAUGUUUGGACUGACAAUGUUGUUCCACCAAUGUUUGGACUGACAAUGUAUCCAGGUUGUCAAACCAUCUGGUACACUUUGUUAAUAUCCUUUGUGUCAGAAGGUAGAUAUGCUCAUACCAAAUGUGUAUGUUUAAACAUUUCAAAGGUUCCAAAGAAUUGUUUGUUUUGUCAUUCUCUGCAUUAAAUGUAAGCAGUCGACACCAUAAUAAAACCAGACUCCAACAUUGGCCGUCAGCCUUUUUGAAUUAGUGUGCUUUGAAAACUUGGGUUAAAAUGUCAGUUGAACUAACAGCUUGGGCCUUUUACAAACCCCGGCUUUGGCACUGGCUUGGGUACUGUUACAACAUUGAAGCAGUGCAUUUUUCAGGAAGCCUGAAGCCAGAGACAAGGUUUUGGAAAAAACACUGAAGUUCUUAUGUAGUUGGCCCUGUUGUUUACUUAAAGCUGUAUAUUGUCUAUGUAUUAGUAAAGUGUAUUUCCCAAUUAAAUUUCUUUUUUUUUAUCUGAAAUACUUAUGUGAACUUCAAGGAACAGCUUUAUGAUCAUGUCAGUGAAUUUGUGGACAAAGGAUAGGCUCAGAUUAGCUCAGUUUGUUUGGUUUAACAUUUUGUUUUUAAUUAAUGAAUCACAAUUAUUAAGAAUUUUGUUUGAAUAUGUCAUGACAGUUGAACGACUGUUACUAAAAGCUAGCAUGUAAAGGUGAAUGGCGGUUUGUAACAUGUCGUGGAAGCAUGCACGUUGGUUGACUACUUAAACGUGUCAUUCAAGCAUGCAUGUUGGGUGACUAGUAAACUUGUCACGCAAGCAUGCAAGUGGGGUGACUACUUGUGCACAUCUCAUACAAGUAUGUAAAUUGGAUGACUGCUUGUAAACAAGCAUGCAAGUUAGGUUACUAGUAAACCAGUCAUGCAAGCAUGCAAGUUGGGUUACUAGUAAACCAGUCGUGCAAGCAUGCAAGUUUGGUUACUAGUAAACCAGUCAUGCAAGCAUGCAAGUUGAGCUACUUGUAAACCAGUCAUGCAAGCAUGCGAGUUGGGUUACUAGUAAACCAGUCAUGCAAGCAUGCAAGUUGGGUUACUUGUAAACCAGUCAUGCAAGCAUGCAAGUUGGGUUACUAGUGUAAACCUGUCAUGCAAGCAUGCAAGUUUGAUGACUAUUAGUAACAUGCUAUGCAAGCAUGCACAUGCAGGCAACACUCUCUGCUUUUUGUAUGCUGCUAGGCUUUAACAAACGACACCCUCUAGCAGUGUCUCUACACUAUUUGUGUGUAGCCUUUGAUGUCUUUUCUAAUUCACAACUGACAUGGUUUUAACGCUUGUUCUGUUUGUUAUCUUUGUCCUCCAGAGGGACUUUUUAAAUGCAGCUACAUGUAUACUCUUUUAUCUUGUAAAUUAAGAAUUUGUGGGCUAAUCAUUCAAAUGUUAACGCUAGCUUCUUUUGUGGCAGCUGGCCUGUUAAAUCAUUGCGAGUACAAAUUUCUAAGAAAAUGCAUUCUUUUUAAAGAGGACAAAUCUUGAUAGCAGUCCUGUUCAUUGUGGUGGUUAUAAGUCUCUGCUGGGAUUCUGACUCUGGGGGAAUCGAACCUACAACCCAUGCAUUCUAGAGCAGGGGUUUCUUCAUAAUCUCUAGACCACAGAGUUCAUACAGUAAUUGUUAAUUUAAAGGUAAUUUUGUAAAAUAAAGGAACCAGCAUUCAGUAUUCAAAGGGUGUAGUUUUUUCUAUGUAGAACAAUGGGGAUUAAUGUUUUUGAAAGGUCCGUGGUAUGAAGCUUAAAGGCAGUGGACACUAUUACUAAGAAAUAAUUAUUAGCAAUUAGCAUAAAACCUUACUUGGUAA